AAUGGAUAACGCCAGCGAAAACACUAACGGCCCAGUGAGCGACUAUCCGAACAGCGUCGUCUUAACAGCACUACAACAGCUACUUGAAAGAAAAUUCCCAUCACAAUUAUUUACUUACGAAUUGUUGCCGGCUACCAAAAAGGGUGAAAAUUACAUAGGAAUUCUGUACCGCAUUGCUGUUAAAUUAGAUGUAAGAACAGGAAGUUCUUAUUCCAGUCUAAUUCUCAAAAUACCACCACGAAGCCUCACAAGGCGUAAGCAAUUUUUCAUCAGACCUUGCUUUCUGAGGGAAUCACUGGCUUAUCAAGAGUUUUUACCGAUGGUCAAACGAUUCCAAAACAGCAAACACAUAUCGAAAGAAUACGGCUUUCACGAGUACGCCGAGUGUUUUCAUAUCUCAACAGAUGAAUUCGACGAGGCAAUAUUUUUAGAAGACUUAGCUCUGCAGGAGUUUGCACUGUUUGAUCGAUUCGACGAUUUACGCUUUCAGCAUGUCGCAAUGGUAAUGCACGUCUACGCGAAAUUGCACGCGGUCUCUUUUGCUAUAAAAGAUCAGGAACCGGAGGCUUUAGACAAAUUUCGAAAAAUUCAAGAUAUUUUUGAACAGCGAAAGGACGAUCCGAAUUUAAACAACUAUUUUGAGGGACUAAAGAAGUCUACACAAGCAUGCAUGGACGCAGAGAGUGACAGAUACCAAAGAGUACUUAUGAGAUUUUUUGAGCGUCCAUUCUUCGAUAUUUUUCUGGAACUGAUUGACGGUAAUAAAUACGAGCCAUAUGCAGUAGUAUGUCAUGGAGACUGUUGGAGCAAUAAUAUAAUGUUUAAGCAUAAGGACGGAAAAGUCAUCGCGUUACGUUUGUUGGAUUGGCAACUACUCCGUUACUCGUCACCAGUUACUGAUUUGAUGUAUUUUCUAUUUACCUGUACUUCGAAGGAGUUUCGAAGAGUAUAUUACGACGAAGUUCUAAACGUAUAUUAUGAAGAAUUGGUUAAGCACAUUUACAGGCUGGGAUCUAACCCAUCCAAAUUAUUUCCCCGAGAAAAAUUCAACGAAGAACUUAACAGAAGAGGAGCAGUAGCUCUACUUUUUGCAAUGAUUGUGCUCCCAAUUAUAACAAUUAAAAGUGAAGAUGUGCCGAAUUUGGAGGAACUAAGCGAGCGCGUAGAAACAGGCGAAUUUAUAAAUCUGAAAGAAUCAGGACUUCUUUGUAAGGGAAAUGUGGAUACAUACGGUAAGCGAAUGCGCGACGUUGUCAUUGAUUGUAUUGACUUUGGAUACAUAAAAUAAAUGUAAAUUAUAAUCUAAACAUCAAAACAAUAAA